AAACGAACCGUUUUAAUUCCUUUCCUUUUCAAGCAAUUCACAACUGCCCACCUAUAAAUACAAACCCCUUUCAAAAUCUCCGCCGUCGUCUUCGUCAGAAACACCACAACAAAAACUGACUCUUCAACCCCAACAAUUCAGAAGACGGUAGGUUUGGUUUCCGAUGGAGCAUAUUCUGCUUUUGGUGAUUUUGUUAUUUGCGUUGCCGAAGAGUGAGUCGUGGAACUGGUUUUCGUCUUCUUCGUCUUCUUCGUCUUCGGGUUCUUCUGUUGGGUCUUUUAACCGCAUUGAAGGUGGAAGUGUUUCGGAAUUUGCGAUUGAGGGUUUUGAUGAUCAAAAGGGGGUUAGGAGAAUUGAGAAUGCUAAGAAUAAAUUGAGUUCGUCUAAUUCUUGCUGGGAAAGUGCUUAUAGGCAUCUCUUUGUGGGUUGCUCCGAGAUUUUUGCUGCGGAUGAGAAACGGUCGAGAUUCGCGUGGCAUCUUAGUGAUUGCUUUCAGAAGGACUCUGGCAGGGUUGCUUUUCCUUCUUGUGAUGCUAAAUCCCCCAUGGCCAAAUGCCUCAAAUACUUGAAUGAACAUGAGCAUAGGAUCUAUCUUGAGUUCUAUCUUGAAACUAACUCCAUCUGUCAUCAGCUACAGGCUAAUGCUUUCAAGCAUGACACAGAGAGGUUAGUGAAUGAACUGAAGAGAUCUUCGGAAGCUGCAGAAGUCAAGUUAGAAUCUAUUGAGGAAAAAUCGGAAUCUCUGCUGCAAAGUUCAUAUCAAAUUUCUGAUUCCUUGAACUCUACUGGUAUUAAGAUACAAAAAAUGGCUCAAACAUCAAGGAAACUAGAAGAUCACAUGGGCAUUGUUCUAAAGCACUCUGAAGCAGUUUAUGAACAAUCCAAGAAGAUAGAGACAUCCCAGUUGGAACUCCAAGAAGGUCAGUUAAAACUGAGAAAAAGUUUGGAGGAAGGAAUGGAAAUGCUUCAGGAUUCGUACAGCAACCUUAGCCGAGAGAUGGAUGGUUUACGAGAAGAAGCCAUUGAGAUCGAAAAGGAGAUAACCAAAGUGGGAGAUUCAAUGUCUUUGAAGAUGAAGUACCUCCAGAGCACAGCUGAUGAUAUUGGGAAUAUGGCAGGGCUUUCAUUGGACAAACAACAAGAACUUCUAGAUGCUCAGUCCACAGCACUUAAUGGCCUUCAUUCUUUAAGCAAAGUUCAAUCGGAAGCACUAGAGGAAAGCAGGAGUAAGCUGCAACAGUUAGCUGAAUAUGGCCACAAACAACAGGAGGAGCUUCUUCAGCGACAAGGACAACUCCAACAACUUCAUGAUCGUUUAAUGGACAAUUCAAAAUCAAUCUUGGAAGCUCAGCAAAAAUUUGAAUCAAAGCAAGCAAGCAUGUUCAUUGCAUUAGAGAAACUCUUCACCUUGCACAAUGCAAUGUUACUAGAAUCUCGGCUAAUCAAAGUCUUCUUCAUUUACUUCACAUCAAUCUUCAUCAUCUACAUGUUCAGUAGCACCAAGCAAACAUACACCGUUAGGCCCUGGCUAUAUAUCGAGCUAUGUGUUACAUUCUUAAUAGAAGUAGCGAUACUUCGGUUUGAGAUGUUCGACAUGGAACAGAAAACAUGGAUUGUAAACUCAGUGCGGACAAUGUUCUUACUCAUUGCUUCUCUUCAGCUUCUACAUGCGAUUUGCACAUACAGAGACUAUGAUGUUCUGAACCAUCACAUGCUAUUAAUGUUAAUGGAAAGAAUCAAUGGAAUGCAAACACAAAAUAAGUUAUCUUGGGACAGUGAUAGUGAGGUGAACUGGUCAUCAUGGAUUGACACUGAGUUAUCUGAAGAUGUUGAAGAUCCUGAUUUUGUUCUCCCAGAAGAAGUGGGAGAGAAUUCAAUCACAACUGCUUCAACUUCAAGAAGGUACAAUCUUCGACAUCGACCCCUCCGUCCGUAAUUUAUCUUUUAUAACUUAAGUUAUGGCUGUACCUAAAUUUUUAAAGCUUUACUUUGUAAGUUAAAAUGAUAGUUUCUCUGAUUUGGAUACACACAUAGGAAUGUUAUGGUGUAUGUACCAUCUUUUUUGUACACAGUACACCGAGAAAAAGUAAUGAUUGUAAAGAGUUCCAUCAAUAGGGAAAUGUUUGUUUGUUUUUCUCUGUUCUCUUGUCAUGGGCAAAAAAUAUUGGGAUUGAAUAUUGUGUAUGAAU